GAGAAAGCAAGACCAGAUGAUGUAGAGAGAGAGAGUGAGAGAGAGGACUAUAAGGGUGAAGUUGAGGUCUCGGACAGCUUUAUUACACAAGAGACACCAAACUCACUUCCUCUCCUUUUUCUUUUCCCUCCCCCCCUCUCUCUCUCUCUCAUUAAUGUGUUUCUUGUACUCUGUCAUCUUCUUUACCACUGAGUGACCUUCACAAACCCCAUCAAUGGAGUUCGAUCUCGAAAACCCAUUACCCGCAUUCCAAGACCUCUACUCCGACUCAUUCCCUUCUCUUUUCCACACCGAGUCCGAUCACAUGCCUCGAAGCCUCCAAGCCACAGAUUUCGAUAUUUCUGUUCGCCGCCAAACCAUCUCUCUAAUCUCAAUCUUCUCUCACAACUUUGAUCCCUUUCUGUCCUACCUAGCCGUUAAUUACCUCGAUCGAUUCCUUUCCACCCAACGCAUACCAGAAGGGAAGUCAUGGGUCUUGCGGCUUCUUGCAGUUUCUUGCGUUUCUUUAGCUUUGAAGAUGAAAGAAACAGAAUUCUCUGCUGUUCAGCACGAGGACGGUGGAUUCAUGUUCGAUAAGCAAACAAUUCGAAGAAUGGAGUUUCUAAUCCUCGGAGCUCUCAAAUGGCGAAUGCGCUCUAUUACUCCUCUCUCUUUCAUCAAUUUCUUUAUCUCAUUGUUCAAAUUCAUAGACCCACCAUCCACGAAAGCUCUCAAAGCUCGAGCCACUGAAAUCAUCUUCAAAGCUCAACAUGAUGUGAAGCUAUUAGAGUUCAAACCGUCGAUAAUUGCAGCAACGACACUUCUCUAUGCUUCUCACGAACUAUUUCCAUUACAAUUUCCAAGCUUUAGACAAGCAAUUUCAAACUGUGCAUAUGUUAAUAAGUGUAAGUUAUUUAGCUGCAACAAUGUGAUGCAAUACAUAACAAGGGAUGGGUACGAGUCGGUGUUAGAAAUGGCAUUGAGCUCGAGCACACCGGUCAAUGUGCUUGACGGGCCGUGCUCAAGCUGGAGCUCAGACAGCGAGAAGACCAAUUCGAGUGGACCCACAAAAAGAAUUAUGCUAGAGAGAGACACAAAGCGUCGAAAGAUUGGCGGUUUUGGAAACGACGGUGUGUUUCAGCUUUAUCAGGUUUAACUUUACUACUGGACACAGACGACGAGGAGUGAGAUAGAGAGAAAGAGAUUGGGACUGACUCAUCAACAAACCAGCUAAUGCACCACUGGUCCAUUCGAGGAUGAGACAGGGCUUGGUAGCUAGAUGGGUCUACCAAAAAGACUCACAGAGAGAGAGACAUAAAUUGAAAAAGGAAAAUGGUUUCUUUCGUUUUCUUAGUUGUCAAACAAGAAAAACAAAACUCAACUUUGAUAUGUAGCGUUAAAUUCCGGUGUUUUGGUGUCUCUUUGUAUCUGGCAGGGGAAUAAGUAACGAAAAUGAUUAAAGAGAAUAAUUCUUUAGGAAAAUACAAGGAUUUUUCUUUGUUUCUUGUACUUUUGGCUUUAUUUUGUGGUCAGUGCGGGAAGGAAAAUGCUGCUUCAAAUGACCAUAUUAUCCUUCAUUGGUGUUUAUGCCUCUUGCAAAAAUUUCUUUUCAAAAAUAAACAAGCUUUAAUUACACCACCUAUAACCAA